UCCUUUACUUUAGACUCGUGGCACAGAGUUCCUAAGUGGUUUUCAACGAAAAAAAAUGGGAAAAGAAAGGAAGCAUAUUAACAUUGUCGUUAUCGGUCACGUAGAUUCCGGUAAAUCUACAACCACUGGUCAUUUGAUCUACAAAUGCGGUGGUAUCGACAAGAGAGUUAUCGAAAAAUUCGAAAAAGAAGCCCAGGAAAUGGGAAAAGGUUCCUUCAAGUACGCAUGGGUUUUGGAUAAACUGAAGGCCGAGCGUGAACGUGGUAUCACCAUCGAUAUCGCCUUGUGGAAAUUCGAAACUGAGAACUUCGAAGUUACCAUCAUUGAUGCUCCCGGACAUCGUGAUUUCAUCAAGAACAUGAUUACCGGAACCUCUCAAGCCGAUUGCGCCGUAUUGAUCGUCGCUGCUGGUACCGGUGAAUUCGAAGCUGGUAUCUCCAAGAACGGUCAGACCAGAGAACACGCUCUCUUGGCCUACACUUUGGGUGUCAAACAAUUGAUUGUCGGUGUAAACAAGAUGGACAGCACUGAACCUAAAUACUCCGAAAAACGUUUCGAAGAAAUCACUAAGGAAGUUUCCACUUACAUCAAGAAGAUCGGUUACAAUCCCAAGACUGUUGCUUUCGUACCAAUAUCUGGUUGGGUCGGAGACAACAUGUUGGAAGAAUCUAAAAACAUGCCAUGGUUCAAGGGAUGGUCGAAAGAAGUUAUGAAUGAAAAGAAAGAAAUGAAAUCUUUCUCUGGAAAGACCCUCUUGAAUGCUUUGGAUGCCAUCGUACCACCAAGCCGUCCCUCUGACAAACCUCUUCGUCUUCCCCUUCAAGACGUUUACAAAAUCGGAGGUAUCGGAACAGUUCCCGUUGGUCGUGUUGAAACCGGUAUUAUUAAACCUGGUAUGGUUGUUACUUUCGCUCCAGCUGGAAUCACCACUGAAGUUAAGUCGGUCGAAAUGCAUCACACCCAAAUGCCAGAAGCUAGCCCUGGUGACAAUGUUGGUUUCAAUGUUAAGAACGUAUCUGUUAAGGAAAUCCGUAGAGGAAACGUUGCUGGUGACAGCAAGAACGAUCCACCAAAGGAAACUGACACCUUUGUAGCCCAAGUUAUCAUCCUGAACCACCCUGGACAAAUCCAAAAUGGAUAUGCUCCAGUUUUGGAUUGUCAUACAGCUCACAUCGCUUGCAAAUUUGUUGAAAUUUUGGAAAAGAUCGACAGAAGAAGCGGAAAGAAAUUGGAAGAUGCUCCAAAAUUCGUCAAGUCUGGCGACGCUUGCAUGGUUAAGUUGAAACCCCAAAAACCGAUGUGUGUAGAGUCAUUUUCUGAUUAUCCUCCAUUGGGACGUUUCGCUGUCCGUGAUAUGAAGCAAACUGUUGCUGUCGGCGUCAUCAAGUCCGUAGAUAAGACCGAAAAAGCCGGAAAGGUGACUAAAGCUGCCCAAAAGGCUACCGGAAAGAAGAAGUGA